AUGACUUCCUGGAAACGUAAGUCGGUCUCGUCCAUCCUGAUCUCAGCACACUUGUCGUCCUAUCUGGGCAUAUAUUUAUGGUUUCUAGGUCUUGUUCGAUUUGUACCAAAAUCGGAUUCAAGCAAGGUCUUGAUCGGCCAACCCACAGACGAGAGUAUUGACGUGGGUGUCGCUGUCAAGGAAGGAAAGGAGGUAUUGGUUGAUGUUUUCAGUGGCUCCUCCGUCCUGUCACCGGGCCAAUCGUCAGGACAGAAUGCAGUAAUCGACAGAAUACUAUCACCCUUGACACAAAAUGAAGUCGGCACAAUCAGAUGCAUUGGGCUCAAUUAUAAGCAACAUGCUGCUGAGGCGAAGAUGGACCUUCCUACAGUGCCAACUGUAUUCUUCAAACCAUCCACAUCGCUAGGCGACCCCUGGCCAGCUCCGACAGUAUUGCCAAAACAGACACUUGAGACGGACAGCGGCGACUACGAAUCAGAACUGGCUGUCAUGAUUGGCAAAUCAUGCAAAAACGUCUCUGAAGCAGAAGCCUUGGACUACGUAUUAGGAUAUACAGCUUCUAAUGACAUUUCUAGUCGAGCGGCUCAAUUCGCUCAGACUCAGUGGGGUUACAGUAAAGGCUUCGAUGGAGCAUGUCCGAUCGGUCCAACGCUCGUCUCAGCUUCGGUGGUUCCUGACCCAGCCAAACUUCACGUCCGAGGGUUGGGCAACAAAGGUGAAGUCCUUCAGGACUGUGGGAUAGAUGAUCUGAUCUUCAGCAUACCCAAGGUCGUCUCUUUCUUGUCACAAGGAACAACACUACCUGCUGGGACCUUGAUCAUUACAGGCACGCCCGCUGGAGUGGGCUUUGCGAAGAAGCCGAAGUAUACGUUGAAGCCAGGAGAGGAAUUCCGCGUAGAGAUUUUGCCAUACAUUGGCACUCUCAUAAACGUCUUCGAGGCAGAGAAAUAG